AUGAUUGCAGGGGGCAGCGAACACCGAGAGACGGCGGCAGCGGCGGAGGCAGAAGCGGUGAGCACCGAGAGACGGCGGCAGAAAAAGCGGCGAACACCGAGAAACGGCGGCAGAAGAAGCGGGGAGCACCGAGAGACGGCGGCAGAAGAAGCGGCGAGUACCGAGAGACGGCGGCAGAAGAAGCGGCGAGUACCGAGAGACGGCGGCAGAAGAAGCGGCGAGCACCGAGAGACGGAAGCUGAAGAAGCGGAGAGCACGGAGAGACGGCCGCAGAAGAAGCGGCGAGUACCGAGAGGCGGCAGCAGUAGAAGCAGCGAAAACCGAGAGGCGGCAGCAGAAGAAGCGGAGAGCACGGAGAGACGGCGGCAGAAGAAGCGGCGGGUACCGAGAGACGGCGGCAGAAGAAGCGGCGAGCACCGAGAGACGGAGGCAGAAGAAGCGGAGAGCACGGAGAGACGGCGGCAGAAGAAGCGGCGAGCACCGAGAGGCGGCAGCAGAAGAAGCGGAGAGCACGGAGAGACGGCGGCAGAAGAAGCGGCAGCACCGAGAGACGGCGGCAGAAGAACCGGCGAGCACCGAGAGGCGGCAGCAAAAGAAGCGGCGAACACCGAGAGACGGCUGCAGGAGAAGCGGCGAGCACCAAGAGACGGCGGCAGAAGAAGCGGCGAACACCGAGAGGCGGCAGCAGAAGAAGCGCGGAAGAAGAAGCGGAGAGCACGGAGAGACGGCGGCAGAAGAUGCGGCGAGCACCGAGAGGCGGCAGCAGAAGAAGCGGAGAGCACGGAGAGACGGCGGCAGAAGAAGCGGCGAGCACCGAGAGGCGGCAGCAGAAGAAGCGGAGAGCACCGAGAGGCGGCAGCAGAAGAAUCGGAGAGCACGGAGAGACGGCGGCAGAAGAAACGGCGAGUACCGAGAGACGUCGGCAGAGGAAGCGGCGAGCCCGAGAGGCGGCAGCAGAAGAAGCGGCGAGCACAAAGAGACGGUGGCAGAAGAAGCGGCGAGCACGGAGAGACGGCGGCAGAAGAAGCUGCGAGCACCGAGAGGCGGAGCAGAAGAAGCGGAGAGCACGGAGAGACGGCGGCAGAAGAAGCGGCGAGUACCGAGAGACGGCGGCAGAAGAAGCGGCGAGCACCGAGAGACGGCGGCAGAAGAAGCAGUGAGCACCGAGAGACGGCGGCAGAAGAAGCGGCGAGUACCGAGAGACGGCGGCAGAAGAAGCGGCGAGUACCGAGAGACGGGGGCAGAAGAAGCGGCGAGUACCGAGAGACGGCGGCAGAAGAAGCGGCGAACACCGAGAGAUGGCAGCAGAAGAAGCGGAGAGCACAGAGAGACGGCGGCAGAAGAAGCGGCGAGUACCGAGAGACGGCGGCAGAAGAAGCGGCGAGCACCGAGAGACGGCGGCAGAAGAAGCGGCGAGCACAAAGAGACGGUGGCAGAAGAAGCGGCGAGCACGGAGAGACGGCGGCAGAAGAAGCUGCGAGCACCGAGAGGAGGAGCAGAAGAAGCGGAGAGCACGGAGAGACGGCGGCAGAAGAAGCGGCGAGUACCGAGAGACGGCGGCAGAAGAAGCGGCGAGUACCGAGAGACGGCGGCAGAAGAAGCGGAGAGCACCGAGAGACGGCAGCAGAAGAAGCGGAGAGCACGGAGAGACUGCGGCAGAAGAAGCGGCGAGCACUGAGAGACGGCGGCAGAAGAAGCGGCGAGCACCGAGAGGCGGCUGCAGAAGAAGCGGAGGGCACGGAGAGACGGUGGCAGAAGAAGUGGCGAGCACCGAGAGGCGGCAGCAGAAGAAGCGGCGAGUACCGAGAGGCGGCAGCAGAAGAAGCGGCGAACACCGAGAGACGGCGGCAGGAGAAGCGGCGAGCACCGAGAGACGGCGGCAGAAGAAGCGGCGAGCACCGAGAGGCAGCAGCAGAAGAAGCGGCGAACACCGUGAUUCGGCAGCAGAAGAAGCGGAGAGCACGGAGAGACGGCGGCAGAAGAAGCGGCGAGCACCGAGAGGCGGCAGCAGAAGAAGCGGCGACUACCGAGAGAUGGCGACAGAAGAAGCGGCGAGCACCGAGAGACGGCAGCAGAAGAAGCGGAGAGCACGGAGAGACGACGGCAGAAGAAGCGGCGAGUACCAAGAGACGGCGGCAGAAGAAGCGGCGAGCACCGAGAGGCGGCAGUAGAAGAAGCGGUGAGCACCGAGAGGCGGUAGCAGAAGAAGCGGCGUACACCGAGAGGCGGCAAGGCGGCAGUAGAAGAAGCGGAGAGCACGGAGAGACGGCGGCACAAGAAGCGGCGAGUACCGAGAGACGGCGGCAGAAGAAGCAGAGAGCACCGAGAGACGGCGGCAGAAGAAGUGGAGAGCACGGAGAGACGGUGGCAGAAGAAGCGGCGAGCACCGAGAGAUGGCGGCAGAAGAAGCGGAGAGCACGGAGAGACGGCAGCAGAAGAAGUGGCCAGCACCGAGAGGCGGCAGCAGAAGAAGCGGAGAGCACGGAGAGACGGCGGCAGAAGAAGUGGCGAGCACCGAGAGACGGCGGCAGAAGAAGCGGCGAGCACCGAGAGGGGGCAGCUGAAGAAGUGGAGAGCACGGAGAGACGGCGGCAGAAGAAGCGGCGAGCACCGAGAGAUGGCGGCAGAAGAAGCGGAGAGCACGGAGAGACGGCAGCAGAAGAAGUGGCCAGCACCGAGAGGCGGCAGCAGAAGAAGCGGAGAGCACGGAGAGACGGCGGCAGAAGAAGUGGCGAGCACCGAGAGGCGGCAGCAGGAAAAGCGGCGAACACCGAGAGACGGCGGCAGAAGAAGCGGCUAGCACCGAGAGGCGGCGGUAGAAGAAGCAGCGAACACCGAGAGGCGGCAGCAGAAGAAGCGGAGAGCACGGAGAGACGGCGGCAGAAGAAGCGGCGAGUACCGAGCGACGGCGGCAGAGGAAGCGGCGAGCACCGAGAGACGGCGGUAGAAGAAGCGGCGAGCACCGAGAGGCGGCGGUAG